ACCAUAUGUCUCUCAGUCUAACAGGAGUCAUGUCCUGGCAUCAGAUUUUCCAGCCAGAUUAUGAUUCUGGAUCUCACUCUAACCGCUUUCAAUCAGACCUACCAUCUCUUUGUUCUCAGCCAAGCCUUAUAUCAGUUCCUACCUCAGAAAUCCGCCACCAAGGACACAUUUCUAAUGCCCACCACCACUGCCUUGCCACUCUCAAAGGCCACACCUCAUACAUAUCCUCCCUCACCUUUGCUGGAAAGUUCCUAUUAACAGGCUCUUCAGAUAGGGAAAUCAGAUCAUGGAAGCGCAACCCUCUAAGCUCUGAAUCAGACUACCAAGAUCUAACAAACAACAUGGUGGCAGUGGGAAAAGGUGCAGUGAAGUCCUUGGUGGUAUUGGCUGAUAGGCUUUUCAGUGCUCAUCAAGAUCACAAGAUACGGGUAUGGAGGAUAAACAAUGCUGAUCCUAAUCACCAAAAGUACACUCAUCUAGCGACUUUACCGACACUUGGUGACCGUGUUUUUAAACUUUUCAUGCCCAAGAACCAAGUUCAAAUCCGAAGGCACAAGAAAUGCACCUGGAUUCAUCACGUUGACACUGUAUCCUCACUGGCCUUGUCCACAGAUAAGAACCUCCUGUAUUCUGUGUCAUGGGACAGGACUCUCAAAGUCUGGAGAACAAGUGACUUCAAAUGUUUGGAGUCAGUAACAAAUGCCCAUGAUGAUGCAAUAAAUGCAUUGGCCUUAUCAAACGAUGGAGAUGUUUACACUGGAUCAGCUGACAAGAAAAUUAAGGUGUGGAAGAAAGAUCCAGGAGAGAAGAAACAUUCUCUUGUUGCUACACUAGAAAGACACAAUUCCGGGAUUAAUGCAUUAGGCCUAAGUCUUGAUGGGUCUGUUCUGUACUCCGGUGCAAGUGAUAGAUUUAUAGUGGUCUGGAAGAAGGGUGAUGGCAAUGGCAUGGUGGUUGUUGGUGCUCUUAGAGGCCAUACCAAGUCCAUAUUGUGCUUAGCUGUGGUGUCAGAUAUAGUAUGCAGUGGUUCUGCAGAUAAAACAGUCAGAAUCUGGAGAGGUUUUGAUGGGACUUAUUCCUGCUUGGCAAUCCUAGAAGGGCACACAGGUCCUGUCAAGUGCUUAACAGGAGCAGUAGAACAUUGCAACCCAUCCAAUACAUCUUAUGUUGUUUACACUGGGAGCUUAGACUGUGACAUCAAGGUUUGGAAGAUUACAGUUCCUCUCCUGUAGAGGACUGGCAGUUUUGCACAUAUAUAUUGAAGAGACUAGAUUUCAUUUCUCUUCUCUCCUUAAUUGUCUUUCCAAGUUCUUUCCUUUCUUGUUCAUUUCUAUGGGUUAAAUUGUACUACUAGCUACGUUUCACAGUGGUAAGUUUUGGGUUUCAGACGGACUCCCUCAAGGGGGCACCUAUUCAACCUCUACAACCGUAGCUAAAUACAAUUGACUUUAGAAG